CUCGGCGGCGUUCGGUGCUGAAGUGGGGCGGAUGGCAGAAAAACAGCGGCGAUGGACUUUACACCGCGGGAUUCCCAUUUACGAUGUCGUUAAAUAAGCAUCGGGACGUCGCUUUUUCACACCUAUCAUCCUAGGACACUGACAGCCCACCGCAAAGGGAUGCUGCACUUUCAAUGCUCCCUACACCCUCAAGUCCAUAAAUGACCCUUUCACAGAGUUCUGAGGAAGCUUAGGAGGUGUCGUUGGUCAGGGAUGGUGAUACCAGUAACCUCUCUGCCCUGUGGUGAAAAGAACCUCCUCGCCUUGCCCCAAAUCUCCUGCAAGUCAGAAAGACGCUCAGACAGCCCCCCAGUCAGUCACUUCGUCAACCAGCCUGCUAGCAUCCAGCAACCUAUUACCUCAUGCCAUGACUGCUCUGUCUGACCUGUGUUUAGGAACUCACUAAUUCAUGCCCCGGAGUGUGAGUGGAGUGGAGAUGAGAAAAAGGCAGGCGGCUCAUAUUGAGGCCCCACCCCAGGCCCCUGGACAGCCCCGACCCAACACCUGCUGCCUCUGCUGGUGUGGCUGCUGCAAGUGUCUCUGGAAUGAAGACAGAAUGGAGAGGAGUGAACGACAGACCUGCACCAAGAUGGACAGUAUUGAAGCUACUGAAGAACAACGCCCUAGCCUAGAGGAGGUGUUGUCGUGGGCACGGAGCUUUGAGAUGAUGCUGCGCUCGCUGGAGGGCCGGGAGGUUUUCAGGCAGUUCCUGCGUUCUGAGUACAGCGAGGACAACCUGCUUUUCUGGUUGGCCUGUGAAGAGCUGAAAAAGGACACGGAUCCCACAGCGGUUGAUGAGAAGGCCAGGAUCAUAUAUGAAGAUUAUGUGUCCAUAUUAUCACCCAAAGAGGUGAGUCUGGACUCACGGGUCAGAGAAGGAAUAAACCAGAGCCUGGCAGAGCCGAGCAACCUGAUGUACGAGGAGGCCCAACUCCAGAUCUACACCCUGAUGCACCGGGACUCCUUCCCCCGUUUCCUCAACUCCUCUGUUUACAGAGACCUCCUGGCCAGCAGGAGGCGCACCUGCCUCGACACCUAGUCCCCUCCAGCCUCCAUCAUCGCCAUCAAACGCCAACAAGACUACUACUUAAACUUCAAAUACUACUAUGGUGCCAGAAGUCGGGUUUGGAAAAAUCUCUCCCUCUUUUUUGGUUGAAAAGGCUGAGUGACAUCCGAGAUAGCUGGUUGUUAGUUUUUUGUUUUUUUUUAUUUAUAUUUUUUAAGCAAUUUAUAUCCAGUUCUCCGCUGGAGGUGGGUCAGCCUUUGCUGGUUGGUUAUUGGUCAGUUUUAGACCAUUAAUGCUGGCCAGUGAUUGUUUUGCUAGCAAAUUGUGCUUUUUGUUAUGGUUGACUGGCCAACCCACGUAUCAGCUAUCAGUUGAGAUGGCCAACCUAGUGGCCCGCUGUUGGUUAACUGUGGACAAAGACUCCUCAGGAGGUGGGAACAGAGUGCGAGAGAGAGAGACAAAAAGGACAAGCCCACUGUUCCUGUACUGUAAUAUUUUAGACCUCAUGCUUUUUACCCUUACUUAGUGAUAUUCUCUGUCUUUACUCAUAAUUUUUAACAACUUUUUAGUUUUUUCAAGUCUGUCCCAUUCCUCAGAUGUCUUUCAUUUAAUUUUGCUUUUCAUUCCUUCACUGUCCAAACAUGACACCUAUCUGUCGGUGGGAUUUAGGGCAUUUUUUGCCCUUUUAACCAGUAGACACACUGGCUCUGCAUGCAGCUCUCUCUCACUAUGAUCGCUUGAUGAUAUAAGCCGCGGACUGCAACUGUUUUUGACUAUUAAGAGGUAUUUAAGGGGGGCGGGGAGGACUGUAUCUCUGUUUGGCUGUCUGUGUCCAGUGAUGGGAAAAAGUAAACUUCUGACAUCUUUAGGCUUACUGCAGUAUUUUUAUUGAGGAGAUUUGAAGGUGUCUGCAGCACGUGCAACACCUACCAUUUAUCCACCUGUCCAUCCAAUCCAUCCGUCCAUCCAAGCACUUUCCUUCUUUAGGAUUCGUUAACUGGGAGAAGUAAGGGCUAGAAUUGUGGUUGGGCAGCUACAUCUAUUAUUAUUACUCAUGAACUUUAGACAAAAAAAUCUCUCCACUGAGAAAAUCACAAUGCCUUUACAUGCAGGAAAAGGCAGCACAAGUGCUGCUGGAGGUUUUCUGGAAAGCAACCACAGUUUGUCCACCAAUCCCUACCUCCCUUUUUUUUUUUUUUCCUCGUUUCCCUCCCUCCUCCCUCCAGUUCAGACCAUCAAGGCCUGACAAGCACAGGUGCCCAGUCUAGGGGAAAAAACACAGCUGGAGAAAAACAAACAAACGAAAAAAUACAUUGAAUCCAAAUAAAUAGUCAUCUACAUUUUUAAAUUCUUGAGCAGAAAAAGAGGGCUUACCUUGUAGUGUUUUACAGUGAAUUUUUGAGCAUUAUGGAAAGCCGCUUCUGCUUUAAGAACAGUAGCAGAAAUUGCAGGCGCGGGUGUAAUGUAAAAGGUUAUCAAACCCUGGCUUUUGUCUGUAAGGCUUUAGCUUUAGUUGUGGCUAAAAACCGGAGAUUGGAUGCCUGUUAUGAACAGUUACGCCGAACCAGGUGCCAAACACGAUGUCAGAGAUGCCGUGAUGACGUCAGUACUGGUCGCUAGGCUGUGGAGCCUUGGUCCUUCUGCCGUGUGGUGGUCCUUCAGUUAGCUACUGCCUGUUCAAGACGCUUGUUUCUUCAUACCAGAGCUAAUGAAGAGGGUUGGUAAUAACAACGCUUGCACACGGGGCUAGUAAAAGAAGCUUGCAUAGUCAUGCUACACACUCGCCUUUUCAACUAGCCGUCUAGGUUCCAGCAUGCUGUAGUCAAGCAGUUAGCAUGCUUGUGCUAGCCAUGCUAAUUUUCUACUCCACUGCCAGCCCUCGCGCACACUCUGGUUUGUUUUUCUAAUCAGACUUUGACAGCAUGCUACGGUAAAGGCCGUGUGUUUAUGGUACAGUGACACAUUUACCAGAGAAAAAAAAGAGAAAAGUUUAAGGGGUUUUGCCAAACGUCCCAUUAACAUUUUUAAUAUAUGAAAUGAUUUUUUUUUUAAUGAUGUAAACAUUUGAACAUGAACUUUGUUCCUGGCCUGUGGAUGUACAGUAGACAGUGCAUGAGUGCAGUAUAUGCUUCUUUUUUUGUAAUUAACUGAGCCUCUGAGUGUAUUCAGCACUCGAUAGGUAGCUGACCCCCUGGCUUGGUUGGGUGAGUAGUGCCACAUCUUAGAGUGUCAAUGAAACGGUGCCACUCCUCACUGAUUAAUGUAGGCAUCCAUGUUUCUGGCUCCUUUAACUACCUAAUAUUCAUGUGCCAAGCUUGGUCUAGAUUAAAUAUAAGAGCGGAUGGUGCACGACGCCUAGCAGGCCUUUGAAAUGCAAUUGGAUGUCAAUUUGAGGCUCUGUCUCACUUGUCGGAAAGUUAAUUAAUAAACACCUUUCAGGAUAUAAAGUUUUUGUUUGUUGCCACUGUUUCUAAACUGCAACUUCAGGUUUUGUUGGAGAAACUAAAUAAGGAAACGAAUGAAUACAAAAAAAAAUCCUUUGCAAGAGCCUGGGAUUUUGAUGUUUCCUCCAGACUUAUUUCAACAAAAGAAACAGACAGGAUGUCACAGUAGUACAAAAGCUGUCUGCUGUGAAUAAUGGUCAGGAAGACAGGUUGAAACUAAUAACCAUGCCACAGUUUUUCAGUGUUCCUUAUUAAAAAUAUACUCUUGUUUAACCUUUGGCAAUAUAGUACUCACAUUCAGGCUAUGUGAAUAUCCAUAAGGGCUUGAACUGAUAUUGCUUGGCUGCUUUAAUGAAGAGUUGUGCAUGCAUGCGCCCAGUUGAUCAGAAACAGAGGAAUACAGAGUAAUUUACCAAUUCUGAUACCGCAGGAUCAGUUUUCACUCUCACUCCUUGGAACAGUUUUACCUUUUCACAAAGUGAAAGCAUUUUAGACAUUUGUAUUUGGACAACUCUGGAACUUUUUAACUCACUCAUAAAGCUCUCAUGCAGACACAUCCCUCUUCUGCACACUAUAGCUACAUUUCCUUGUUUUUUGCAGGGGUUUUUUUCAGAGUCUAUAUAAGUAACAUGAGAAUGUUUCACCAACAACCAGAUAUUGAAAUCAUGGUGCAAUCAAAACAAGUUUACAUUUAUAAAUUGUGAGAUGUGUGUACCUUAUUAAAUACUCGUAACAGUGGGAAGCUAACAGCCAGCAGGUUUGAAGCUGGCGCGAGUCUCUGCCCAGGGCUAACGGGCAGGCUGGAGUUUAAAACUGGGAGCGUUUUACAAGGAGGACAGACACGGUAGAAACCCAGGUUUUCUGCUCGCGUCCAUUCCUCGUAAUUUAUUGUGACUUUUACACAGCGGGGAGAAGUACACGGUUGUUUAUUUUUAAUACCUGCGUUUUAAAUGUGGAUUUUGCAAGCAAUGACGAUGAUGUGAAGUGAUAUAGUUGUCAUCGCUGAGUUUAGAUUUUUGUCUUUAAAUUUCCAUGGAUUCCAAGUGAGAGGGUCUUUAAAAUGUGGCUGUGGUUUUAUUGACUAAAAAAAUAUUAAAUAAAGGUUGCGAGCUAGAGCUGAAGUGUCCUAACAGGAUGGAGGAGGUUUGCGAAGCUUUGGCCUUACUGACAUGUUUUAUUUUUUUUCUUUGUAUAAAAAAGAAAACAAACGUCUCUGUAGGCUUUUCACUACCUCUCAUGUUGGUUAAUUUAUUUCACAUCUAGUUGUCAAUGUAAAAGUUGUUUUUAGAUCUACUUGAAGCCUAACACUGUAAACAAAAAUGUGCACAGAAAAUGACUAUGUAUAUGACCAGAGGGGUUAAAGAGAGUUUGGCCUAGUCAACAUAUUUUUGUUUGUUUGUUUGUAUGUGUGUUUGUUUUGAAUUGUGUUGAGCUGAACUAGAUUUUGCAUCUCUAUAAAGAAUUCAGGAAUCCACUGUCUAAGGGCUAAUCCCAUUUUUGCCUAUGCAAAUCUGUUACUGUGGGUGAGUUGGGAAAGGGUGAGCUAAUGCACCUUUCACCUGUUUUAGAUGGACCAUGGUUUACAUUGCCCUUUGCUGAUAUUCUUCAAUCUUAUUCAGCAAAAAUGUACGCUUAUUUUUGUUUCUAUAUAUAUAUAUAUAUAUAUUAUUAUAUGUGUAUAUAUGUAUACAUAUAUAUACAUAUAUACAAAACAAGUAAUAUACAGAGUAAAUAGUAUAUGCCUUCGUGAUGAUUAAAAAAAAAAAGAAACCUUGAUGAAAACAAAUGUGUUGUCUGACAUUAUGUGGCUGUGUGCUGGAGUCUUGGUAAACUAGAUGACUGGAAUUCAACUUGACUGUCAUAAAACUGUCAUUACUCAGGCUACAAGACUUGUAGCUGACCCUGUGCAGUAUUACCUGACUGAAGGAAUAAAUUUAAUUUAUUUAAAGAUCAACCAAAUCAUGACUUUCUGUGACAAACAUGUUACCCUGACAGUAGCAUGUUAUUAGACAGUGGGGUAAACAGGGGACCACCAAGGAUUUGUCCUUAUCAUCUUUAAAGCCAAGACUAUGUAACUUUUGGUAGGAAAAGCCUUUUGUUGCCAAAGUAGGGGUAGGCAGGUGUUUAAACAGCAGUAAGUGUUUAAAGAAAAAUACAUCCAUAGUUUUUAUGAUCUGAGAAGGAACUUCACUCCUGCAUCUCCUCUGGGCUUGUGAUGCCUGUGAUAAAGAAUUUUCAUCAACUACAGGUCCUUACAGACCAAAUCACACAUGGGAGAGCUUGCCUUUAAUGCUUUAACUAAAAUCUAAUGAAUUAAAAUCUACUCGACUACUCAACUAAACAGCAACCGGAAACAAUAUCAAAGUGCUACUACAAAAAGACUUGAAGGCAAACUUCUCCCACUUCUGACCAGAUUGGGUGAGUAGUACAAGACGAGGAUGAAGAACACCGGCUAAGGUGGUACAAUGGGCUAAGCCAGAGACUUUAAAGUUGGGGAAUGUGAAACCAGAAGGGGAGUGACGUACAACCAUAUUCCUGUGCUCGACCUGUUAGUGGGGCUUGAAAGAGAGAGGGGAGAGUGGCAGGAGGA